AUGGAUAAAGAGAAGAAGGAGAAGCCUUUCAAGGAAGCGGAACCCUGGCCCGUCAUGAAACACUAUCCUGAAGCAGGAGAAAAACACUAUUCCCUCCCAUAUGGCUUGCUCCUUGAUGAAAAAGACUUCAACCUGAGUAAAGAUCCAAAGAACUACAAGGACGUGGACAUUUUCCACGAAUAUGCAGCCAUUGCUGCUGUUUUCGACCGAGUGAAAUUUGUUUGUGGAGAUGUUCCGUCACUAGUGGUUGCAGAUUACAAGUUCUCUGAGACAUUCAAUGAGAGACAAUAUGUUUUUAACGCUAGGACAAGCCGCCGAAAUAUUCCGGACUUAAGAGAAGGGUCUCAUUGCAUCCUGCUGUCUUACCCAACGGAAGAUAAAGUUAUAAGAGCAUCAGGCACAGGGAAGACACUUAUUUUGAAGAAGAGGGCGGAACGUCUGGUAGGGAAGGAUGGUGAAGGUGUGAUAGUUAUUAACCUGGCUGGCGGAUGUCUCACAGAAGACCUUCGUCGCGACCUCAAUGGUAAGGAUAUCACGGUGGUGGACGGGAGAGAAGAAGGAAUAUCGGAAAAUCUUCCGAAACUCAUUGCCUUUCUCGAGAAACAAGCAAACAAGGACGUUCUCAUUGACGAAGUCUCCCUUACUUUGGGAAUUCAAGGUCCUCUUGUUAAAACGAGUCUCAACGAGCACUGGAAGCAGAUCUUUAACAUGGUGAAGCAUGUAAGAAGUCUGACAGUUGCAUUCCGUCCCAAUGAUCCCACCUAUACAAAGGAUAUAAACCCGAGCGGCAUCGAAAUCCCCGACGUUGACAAUCAUGGCAAUAUCGAGGUUCACAUUUUGACAGGAGUGAAGAGGAACGCGCAACAGGUGUCGCAAUUAUUCUUGGCACUUGGAGACUACUCCCGUCGAACCUUUGUCUGCAAGGAGCCCACAAUUAGGGGCGUGACAUUACCCGAUCCUAAGGAGCCGUCAAUGCCGAAAUUGCUUCCCAUCCCAUCCUGCUCCACUCUCCAUGACAGCGAGAAGGAACUGACGUGCGAAGCCGUUAGAUGCUCCCAGGUCAUCCACAAAUACCUGGGAAAGUUCCCCACCGCUUCACAAAACCCUUUAUAUGUCGUCGUUGACACAACUGAACGACGAAAUCGCUUAGUGAAUGCCCUCUGCUUGGUAUACAAGAUUAUUGUCAAGUUCGUGGACGCAGAGGGACGCUUUUUGGUAAAGUCCGUGAACCCAAAUGGACGCCUCAAUUCUAACACAUCCGGUGUUGUCAUUUUGACUGCUGACCAGGCUCUUGGGUGUUACUUGCAUGACGUUCUCAUCAUGGAUCUGCCAAAGUGUACAUGGAGAAACUUUGUUCGAAUGGUGUCUUCGCGUCGAAAUGGUAUCAUAAUUGCCAUAGAACCCGAAUCUCUGCAAGUAGGAAAAUACUCCUUCAUCAACGAUAAAGCAAUGUUUGGUGAGACAGCAGAAAUGUAUGCAAUGAAUAUUCAAGAGUACAAAGAAGGACUUGAGGAAAAAUUGAAAAUUGCUUUUGACUUUGAGGACCAGCAGAUGACACACUUUGAUGCGAUGGCAUGCCAGAACUCCAUGCCAGAUCACCAAGAAAAGACAGUGCUCAAUGAGUUCGAAGCGCGACGCGAAGUGGUGAUUAUAGAUGAAACGCGAAAGGAAGGCAUUGCAAGGCUGAAUGUAAUCCUUGGGCAUUCUUCAUCAGGAAAAAGUUAUAAAUUGCUUGACAUGAUCACAAGUAUCCCCCGCCACGAACAGGCCCAGCAUAAGAUUCUGCUCUUCCUUAUGGGAAGUGUUCUAAGUAAGGAAAUAUCAGUGGGUCAUCUCGACAGACGUGGACAAGAAAUCCUAAACGAUCUAGUCAUUAUUCGAUCAGAAGCGCUCUCCCCAAUUAAUAUCAUCAAGCAUGCUGUUGUGAAGGACAUUGCCUGGCGACACCUCCCAGAAAUUAUGUACAUUUUCGUCGAUGAUUAUUCUAUCCAAUCCUUUGGCACUGAGGACGAGAUCAAACUCUGGAAUGAGGUACUGGAGGAUUUAAGAACUUGGGGGAAAAACCUAAGACUGACAAUUGUGUUUCAGUCGCAUGCUGAAGGUGGUCGAAGAAUUUCCAUGAGCAUGCUCAUGACUUUCUUCGAGGAGAAAAAGGAAGAACAUGUUUGGGGCGCAAUGCAAGAUGAGGGACACGUAGGAUUCCAGAAGGUGCAGUACGAUGAAGGUAAACUAUGCAUGGACGAAGGAACUCUUCUCUGGCUGGAUGCAAUUGGAAACUUCCUACUGGGAUGUGAGACGUGUAAGGAGUUUUCUAGCCUCGGACGUCUUAGAGGCUAUGAAAAAGUAGAAAAUUUGGAUAUGCGCAAUAAACGCAUAUACAUGGGAGCGGAUGAUGAGAGACCCCUGGCUGAAGUCAUGGGAGAAUAUGUGGCACAGAACUACCCAGAAGUCUGCACCAAAGCCCAUUCCCUACCUGAGGGGUUCAUUUUGAAACAGGAGAAAUUCAAAGAACUUGAGGGUAAGAUCCAGAAGGCUGAAGAAGAAGUGGACAUGCCAUUGGAACAGCAGUCCAUCGCAAUGGUGUUCGAUCGCCUAAAAUACGCAUUCAAAGAUGUGCCUUCACUAACAAUUGCUGAUUACACCUUCACGGAAACCUUACUCAGAGGCAUCAAUGAACAGCAAAAGGACUAUUUCCUUAAAAAAUAUGGAAUCACAGAGGAACACCUUGCAUCUGGUGCUCAUGAUGUCUUUGGAAUUGGAAUAUCUGACGAAGACAUCUUGGGGUUGUUCUUCCAGAUCGAUCGAACUACAUCGAAAGGAAAUUCAAGUGCGGUAUUUGAGUCGCUCAAGAAAUGCACUCAAAGAGUUCGUAAUGAUAUAAACAUUUUCCGUACCGUUUGCAGUCAAUUUUCCAUUUCGUUCGUGAAGUUGGCCGGUUUCGCUGCUUUUCCAAUGCUGAAGGAGUCUGAUUUGCAGAAAGUAAUCAAGUGCAAAAACUGUAGGAUGCGAAUCCUCACCUCGGAAGAUCUGAAAAACCCAGAUAGCUUCAAUAUAUUUUUGUCGAGAAAUGACAUAAAAAUAGAAACAUUUUCAAAUCGGGAUCCUGAAUCACCCAGCACGAAGUCCUACAAGGAAAUCUUUAGUCUCUAUGUUUGUGCAGCAUCAACUGUGGAACUCCCUCGCAACCCCACUCAGCUGUACGCCAUGAGUGAAGAACAAAUGAAGCCGAUGCUGGUGAUUCUCACUCCCCGACAACGGGAAUUAGUGAAAAGCGAAUCGAAUAUCCUUUUGAUGACUGGCACAAGCGGAACGGGCAAAACUUUCGUCCUCAAGAAAAGAGCCCUCGACUUAUUUGAGAAAGAUCCAGUUUUGGUGUUGAAUCUUCCAGGAGGAGAUCUCACUGAGGAUUUUCGGGGUUUUUUUAAAGAUGCUAAGGAAAUCGAGGUUAUCGAUGGGAGAGAGGGGCGAGAGAAGGGCCUGGAAGAGGAUCUUCAAGGUUUCAAGGAAUUCUUGAUUGAGAAAGGAAGAGGAAAGCACGUCCUCAUCGAUGAAGUCCCCCUCACUCUAGGAUUCCCGGAUAUCAUCACCACCAAAGCCCUUUCCGACCAUUGGAAUUGGAUCAAAACCUUAGACGUGAAGACCAUCACCAUCUGCUUUCGACCCAAUGACCAAUCUUACACGAGAGAUUUCCCCCUCGAAGAGGUCAAACCAGCAGGAUAUAGCAUCACAGUUCUCGAUAGUGUGAAGAGGAAUACCAGAAAGAUAUCUGAAUUGUUUAUGGCCAUCGGAAAUUACUCCCGCCGCGUCUUCGUAUCCUCUAAGCUUUCCUUGAAGAUAGACUCCGAUGAUAUAGGCGGAGAAUGCCUUCCUCGCUUCAUCUCGAUGACCUCGUGUCAGGCUCUUCACCGCAAAUGGCAAGAUGAAAUGAUAUGCGAGUGUGUGCGGGCCUCGGAUGCCAUAUAUGAGGAAUGCAGGAAGGCAUCAGAGAAGAGGCCUGUCUUUGUCGUUGUUGAUGAGAUAUGGAGAAGAAAUGCAUUCCUCAACACAUUUAUGUCCUUAUACCCUGAGUUCCCUGUUCUUUUUCUAAAGAGGGGAGAUUUCCAUGGGAAGCCUGCUCCAGAGGGCUCGUUCCCACUCGUCGUCGUCACCGAAGAGGAAAUGAUAGGAUGUCACCCUUUGAACGUGACGGUGGUCCUCGACUUCCCUCGGUCGCAGUGGGAAAACUACAAUCGAUUGAUAGCCUCCACAAGAGAAAACAAGAUCCUCGUGAUCGAGGAAGAAGCGUGGAGAACGGGCAAGUUUUCUCACGUCCCACCGGGAAUAAAAGAAACACCUGGGUGGAAGAUCGAGAAGGGAAACAUUGAUAAAGAAAGUCUGAAUGCGAAAUUGGAAAAAGUAUGGAAAGAACACGGGAAGAAAUACCUGUUCAACUUCCCUCAGCAAUCCUUCCCUGGAAUGGAAAUGGAUUGGGAUGGUAGAGGAGAGGAGGACGCAGACGUGGCAAAGAUUCUCGCAUCUUCGCUCAGCGGGAUAUUCGGCUACCCAGCCUCGGGAAAAUCAAGGAAAGUAAACUUGUUGAUUGGACGAGUGACGGGCCGAGUCCUCAUUCUCCACUGCGGCGGGGAGUUGUCUCGCCAAGUCUACAGACAGCGAUGGAAAGGAAAGGAAAAUGUUGAGCUGGACGAGUUCCAUGCAGGCCCUAUCGAUUCUCUGAAGGUUUUAAUCGAGAAAGUGGAAAAGAAGGAGAAGAAGAAGGAUGAGGACAAACAUAUGAAAGAAAUGGAAAAAGGGAAGGAGAGAAAAAAGAAGGCGAAGGGGAGUAAGAAACCUGGAAAAGGGAAGGCAGAGGGAAAGAGGGAAGAGACAGGAGAGAAGACUGAGCCAGAUCCGCUGGUCGUGGUCGUCGAAGACUGCCCUUUCUUCGACCGGUUUCCAGAAAGCACUGUUGACAGAUUGAAAGAGAUGAAGAUGAAACUCAUCCUCGCCUUCGAACCCCAUUCAAAUAAGACUCCUGAUAUCUCAGUAGACAGAGUCGUAGAAAUGUUGAAUAAGAGGCGAGACUGCACAGCGAUAGUGCUUCGGUCAGAACUGAGCAACCUGGCUCUCAUGAGGCACAUCCGAGAAAACGAGACUCCAAUUGCUCUCGAUUUGGAAUCGAAGAACCUGUCCGUCUCUGCUCUUCCAACCUCCAUCGUCCCCGGCCUACCCAUCGAAUACGUGGACAUCAAAGCAGAAAUUUGCUGGGGAAGACAUCUGGGAUAUAUAUGCAGCGGGAAAAGCACAUGUGGAAUCACUGCGAAUGCUUUAUCUUCCCUCUUGCGAUCUGAGCCCUUCGAAUCGACGAACGAAGCUCCUCACAUCCUGGUAUCAGAAGAAGGGCUUUUGUCGCCACUGCGAGAGAAAGUGAAAACUUGGCCUCGUAUACAAGUGAAACACCUGAAGGACUUCCGCGGGUGUGAGGCUUCCAUCGUCAUCUCUUUCAACGUGAGUGACGACUGGCUGCUGGAAGUCAUCUCUCGCUCCAGGACUCGACUCGUCGUCAUCGACAACCUCAUCCAACAUCAAAACUUAUGGAGACAGAUGAGGAAAGAAGGACGUGUCGAACCCAUCUCCUGUCCCACGGACCCCGAAGACGACCUCAGGAUCCUCCUGGGAUUAGAUGACCAAGAAAUGUUCCUUGAUCGUCCGACCUGGGAUGAAGCAGGUAUUCGAGUGGGAGAGAAGGCAAUGCAAAGAGGAGACAUCCUGGACAGGGACACCGGCGCCAUUCGCUUCCUCCCUCCCGAGACAUUAGCAGCCAUCGACGAGAAACUUUCUCAGUCUUCUCCUUUCAGCGAUUGGGGAUACGUGUGGUCUGGUUUGGCAGGAGAGGUGCCUGCAGUUUCUAAAGAAAAGAGUGAGGAAAUCCUCAAAGUUCUCAAGCAAAGUGGAGUGGAGUGGCAUGAGAGGUACCCCCCUGUGGCCCUGAAGACAAGGACUGGGAGUGGUGCGGCAGGAUUCUUGGAGACCAUGUCUCUCUUACUCACAGGAUCCCUCCUCCACCUUCCACUUCUCAAGCCACUGCAGUCUUCCAAUGUAGAGAAAUUCCAGCUUGCAUCCUUCAUCACACUCUUCAUCCUCGUGAUGCUUUGA